AUGCAUAAUAUUUAUUCCGAUAUAUUAUCAAAUAACACUUAUUCAAGACCUUUUAAAUUUGUUACUUUAAUGUUUUUACCUUUACUCAUUCUUUUGUAUGUCGGAAUAAUAUUACCCAUAAGUUUACAAGCUUGCCUUGCUCAUAGUUUAUUUAUCACUCUUAUAUUACCAAUUGUAAUUCAAGUCAAACGACCAGAAUAUCCUUAUUAUGAUGAAUCCGUUUUAAUGUCAAUAAUAUUUCUUUUAUAUCAAUUUAUUCUCGGGAAUAAUUCAAUUAAAGAAAUCAAAGAAGAAUUUUUAGAUUCACCAAUUUUACGUCCAAUUCAAGAUACAAUUAAUCUUGAUAAAAAGUUUUCACAUAUUUAUUCAACUGUUAUACCUAAUAGAAUUAAAGAAUUUAUUGAUUUCUUUUAUCAUAAAUUAAGAGUUGGUAUUGUGGUAGGAUUUUUUUUUGGAUUCUUUGCUAUUCCUAUUACACUCAUUUGUUUCUUUAUUGAACCACCAUUUGAUAAAGCAUUUACACAAUUAAAACAAUUAACAUCAAAUUGGACAUCAAAUUGGUAUUUAAAUUGGUCUUUAAAUUGGUCAGGAAUUGAUAUAAAUAAUAAAGAUUGGAAAACACUUGAGGAUGAAAUUGAAGGAAAUCCUUUAAAUAUUAUUUUUUCAGUAGUAAUGUUAUUCUGUUUAAGAGUAAUAAUUUGUGGGAUAAAAAAUUGUUUGGAUUCAAUUGUUUCUCGUUUUUCUCAAUUUAUUUCUGAUCUUGGUAAAGAUAAUGAAUGUUGUUAUUAA